AUUUCCUGCAGGGAGGUGCUGUUAUCACUCUCCAAAUCUCCAGCGCCGAGGACACAGGAGUUGCAGGCGCACAAUGGACUGAAACUCUCAGGGAGAUAAACGGAAUCAGCUGUGAAACCUCCGCCGCAAACUAGAGACUUUCCUUUGGGUCACAUCGCUCAGUCUCUGGACGUCCAGCUCUCAUCAGAUCCCCAGGUAUGAUUCAGAGGAAGGAGGUUGUGCUAUCCGUUCUCAGGGAGCUCCAGGAGGCUACGGAGAGCUCCGGCCUGGAUGCUCUGACCACAGUGGCUCUUGAGGUGGACCAGGUCCUCACUCCCUUCCAGCUACCCAUGACCCCUUGUCAUGACUUCCCUGACUGGGCUGGUGUAGAUGACAUAGCUCAUGGCCUGUACCCAGCUGAUGCACCCAAGGGUCUCCUGCCUCUGAAAUGCAAGGGAGAAGGCAACCUGCUGUUCGAUGCUGUUAGCAUGCUGCUAGUAGGCAACACUGGACUUAGCUUGGAGCUACAGGUCCGGACAGUGGUGGAAAUGGUGCUUUGGAAGAGGUACUACCUGUCAGGGAUGAUUGAUUCAAAAAUGAUGCUUCAGGCAGUUCGCUUCAGCCUCUGUGCUGAUGAGUCUGAGGACAUGCUAAACCUUCCUGCUUCAGUCCUGGAGGCCAUCUUUGAUGCCGACGUCAAAGCAUCCUGCUUCCCCGGGUCCUAUGCCAACAUGUGGCAUGUGUAUGCCCUGUCAUCAGUCCUACAGUUGAACAUCUACUCCAUUUACCCCAUGUUCAACCCCAAGAUUCGACCCUACUUUAACCGCGUCAUACGUCCAAGGACCUGGCCCAAAGAUUUUGAUCCAUUUACCCUCCAUGUGAUGUGGUCUGGCGACCUGCAGUCUGAGUCCUUGUUCAGGCCAAAUCACUUUGUUGCCCUGGUUCAAACAAGUGACCAUGCAUUAGGAAGCCCUGAAAGUGAAGAGAGAGAGUCACCAAUGAAGAGCAAAGAGAUGUUAAAUCAGGACUCGCAUCUUUCCUACCCAAGUCUGAAAGACAAGUACAACAUCACCAAGAGGACCUUUUACCGCUGGAAGAGGCAGACACAGGAGCACUGCAAGAAGUCAGCAGCCAGAUAUGAGGCAAAGUACUUCCUUCAAGCAUGCUACAUGGAGGGCAAGCUCAUCCCUCUGCACCAGUUCAAAGAGUUUUUUCCUGAGAUUUCACGGUCGUCUUACUACAACUGGAAGCAUGAGCUCAUGAAGUCUGGAGGGAGUUUCUCCGCUUCAUCAUCCACUGGAGAGAUCAGCCCCGGAGAGAGCACAGAACAAGAGGCUUGGUCUUCCCCUGAAGCAAAGCAGGAUGAGCCAGACCACCAUGACAGUGUGGCCAGUAUGUUUGGCCUUAGCAUGGACAAGCUGGAUGUGGAUCGAGCCCAGAAUUUGGCCCAUAUGCAGGAUGCCAAGCGUUGUCUGCAGAACUGUAUUGCCAUGAAUGGCUCCCUCCCUUUCAGGGUUUUCAAAAGAAAUUUCCCAGGCAUCUCCAGAUCUACCUACUACAACUGGAGGCGGGAAGCUUUGCUCUUCAACAGAGGGUACAAAGGGAGUGCAAGCAGCAGCGAAGACAGCUCAGAUGCUGACAAGAGCCAGAGUCCAAAAAGUCUUGUUCCAGUCCUACCUAGCUUAAACCAGCAAGUCGUACCAAGACCAAGAAUCUGCAGGCGCCGACACAAAAGCUUCCGCAGAGCAUAUUUAAGCAAAAAACAGCUUCGGGAUGCUGCCAAGCUACACGUCCAGAAGUCAAAAUGGUCUCUGACAAAGUUUAAGCUGAAGUUUCCAUCCUUGUCCCCAUGUUUCUACUGGCUGUGGCGUAACGGCCAGAACCACAAGAAGAAGAUGGUUACACCAAGUCCAGAGAUCCAACUUUCAGAAGGUCUGCAGAACUCAGUAGUUGCUGCGAACAACAUCAUGGAGAGCAGGAUGGAUUAUCCUCCAGGGCUCCCAAUUGUUGAGAGUCCAAAAUUUCUAGAAAGUCCUUCGAUGCCUUCCUUUGAGGCUCUGCACUCAAAGCACAGCCUUCAUGGCAAAGGGAUCAUAGAUGAGCAGAUGUUCACGAUGGAUGUCGUCGCUCUGGCCAACUUCAAGGCCAAAGCCAAGCUGUUCCUGCAGCAGCGCUUCGAGGAGAAAUCUUUCCCAACGUUCAAGGAAUUCAGGUCUUACUUCCCCUUCACUCCACGUUCAACAUACUACAUGUGGAAGCGAGCUUUGUACCAUGGUGUGUCCCUGGUUCAUGGCUAAAUGUGAUCCCUUGUGAAUGGGCUUUGUAAAACCCUUGAACAGAACUUUUCACUUAGCCAAAACUCUCAUUGAUCUGCCUAAACUUCUUUUUUAACACACUACCUACACUUGUUGACCACAUGUUUUCAUGUUUCAAAGGCAGUUGAAAACACUCGCUUAGCAUCUAAAUGCAUUGAGCCCUUCCUCUACCCCUCCACCAUAGCUCAUUCCUCCCUCCUGGACAUUUGCACAUGUGUGAAAAGAAACUGAGUCCUGGGUCUGUUAAACCCUGCAUGCUGCCCUCCAGGCAACAGGCAGUUCAAAGCUAGUUUCUCUUCUGAUUUCUUUAAUCCCAGCUAAGCAUUGUACAUAGGAUCCUUCAGUUUUUCUUACAAACAUUUUUGAAACGGCUUAAUUGUUGAUGCAUGAUCUUUGCGAUUUCUGGUUGAUUGUUUUUUUUUUUUUUUAUUCUUUGAAUGUAAAAAGCUGCCAAAAUUUUAUUUUUCUUUAUAUUGUUUACAUCUUAUUUCUCUACAGGGUUGUAUGCAAUGUUUUAUUGAUUUCCUUGUGAUUUAUGAAUGUGUACACCUCAGGGAUUCACUUUGUGCACAGAGGUUCAUGGUGGCUGUCUCAAGGUUUUUCUAACCAUCUUUAAAAAUGCUUUUCCCUACUGGCAGUGAACAGUGUACGCUGUAAUAUUUGUCUUAUUUAAGUCACACUAAAACCAUUCCAAUCACACUGAUAAAUGUAUUUACUUAACCAUCAUGCACCCUGUUUUGUUAAGUUUGCAGAUUCAUUGCCAGACGUGUACAAGGUAUCUUUACUUGAAGAACAAGAAAUAUAUUUUAUUUUUCUAAGACUUUUUCAAAAAACUACCUAUUUACUUGUAGUAAGGAGGACUAAACACCUUUUAUAAGCUAUUUUCUCUGCAAUUGUUGUCAGUAAACAAACCUCU